AUGUCAAGUUUGACGAAGAAACAACAAAAGGCGGCUGCUUUCAAAGCUAAGGCCAAGGGUAAAGGAAAGAAAGAUGUCGUUCCUGCCGACUUACCGGAAGAAGAUGUGAUGGAAGUUGAUGAGGUGAUAGAACCGCAACCUGAGAUAAAAGGGAAGAAGAGGAAAAGAGAAGUGGACGGGGAUGUUUUGGGUCAAGAAAAGAAGAAAGAUAUAGGGAAAGGUAAGACCAAAGCUGGAGAUGGAUGGGUUGAGGAUGAACAGGAAGAAGGGAAAGAAGGGAAGAAAAAGAGUAAGAAGGAUGUUAAACAGAGGUUCAUACUUUUCGUCGGGAAUCUUAGUUACAAAACAUCUCGUGAAGCUAUACAAGAACAUUUCAAACCUGCUAUAGAACGUACCCCCUCCGUUCGUCUUUUGACAGAAAAACCCAAACCUGGUAAACCUGCUGGUCCUGCAAAAUCCAGAGGAAUAGCUUUCUUAGAACUUGGCUCAUCCUCUGAACUUCAAGCAUGUCUCAAACUCCAUCAUUCAAUCUUACAAAACAGACAGAUAAACGUUGAACUCACAGCUGGAGGGGGUGGGAAAAGUCAAGAGAGAAAAGGAAAAAUCCGACAACGUAAUGAACGGGUUGGUGGACAACGAGAACGAAGGAAAGAGAGGGAAGGUGAGAUGGAGGAUGAGGUACAACCUGAUAUUGAAGUUUCUCGACCUUCUGGUAGUGAGGGAAAGGUAGGAGGAGAUGUUAAGGUGAGAGGAGGGAGAAGAGUUAAGACUAGUUCUGAGAAAUCGGAGAAGGGGGGAGGAAGUCAGAGAGCUGGAAAUGGUCCUUCGAGAUAUCCAAUUAAUCGACAGGAAAGAAGACCUAAUUCAAAGUUCGUACCGACGGGUGCCAACGCUCUGGUGGUUUCGUGA